AUGCCUUGCGUGUUCAGUACACCGAUAUACUCCAUCUUCGAUAUUGGAAUUCUGGAAAAGGGACAGAUUUGUUUCCCCUCAAUACUCUGGCUUCUUGAGUCGACUUUGGACGUAUUUCAUAGUCCAUGCUUAUACACAGUGCCAGCGGUGGAGUUGGCAUUGCGAACAUUCAGCUUGCUCAACUGGUUUGCUGGUAUCUAUGCAACUGUCGGUAACGAGGAGAAGGUCAGAUAUCUCAUGGACACGUUUAGCCUUCCUCGGAACAGGAUCCUCUACUCCCGUAGUUCCUCGUUCGUCGAGGACAUCAUGCAGGAGACAAAUGACCAGAGUUUCGAUUUGAUAUUGAACUCUUUGUCUGGUGAACUACUACAUGCUACAUGGAAGUGUAUUGCACCGUUUGGAAAGAUGGUCGAGAUUGGCAAGCGAGACUUCAUUGGCUCUGGAAAGCUUGAUAUGACUCCUUUCUUAGACAACCGUAGCUAA